GUCCGCGGCGGGAGCGGCGGAGGCGGCGGGAGAGCGCGCCGUGAAGCCGCUCCGAGUGCCCAGGUCCCUCUCGCCGCCGCCCCGGAGCCCCGCGCUGUUCGCCGAGGUCGCCUGCGCCGUCCGUGCGCCCCCGCGCCCCGCGCCCUCCGAGCCGCCGGCCGUCCAGGGCACCCACCCCCAGCCCCAGCCCCCGCCGGGCCGGGAUGGCCGCAGCCCGCGGCUAAGCGAGCCCGGGGGGGCCCCAUGGGCCGGCCCGCGCCGCACCCCGCCCGCGGCCGCCCCCUCCGGCCGGGGCCCCCCCGGGCACCGCGGGCCCAGGCGGCCCGGAUGGCGGUCGCGGCGGUUGGGGCAGGGGCUGGGGCCGGCGCGGCCGCCACUGACGGGUAGUCCGGCGCCCACAGCAGUGCCACCUGCCGGGAAUGACCUCUCCUCCUUUCGCUCUUCCCCCUGGCUCCUCAGCUGCAGCCGCUCCGGCCUCCUUGCUGUUCCUGGGAUACGCCACGCUCAGUCCGGCCUCGGGGCCAUUGCACUGGCUGUGUCCCCUGCCUGUGAUGCCAUUCUCCUCUGCCUGGCCAACUCCUACGUUUAUUCAAGUCUGGACCCUGUCAUCGGCUCCUCAGGAAGGCACUCCGGGACCCCCAGAUGGGGCCGGUUCCCUGUGACUCCUGGCACGGAGCCCAACCCCUUCCUUGUUCAAUGGUUCCUUGAGGGACCAUUCCCAUGUGAUUAUCGACCAUUCGGCAGGCAUUCAAAGUCAAAGGCCCCACACUGAGUCCUGGCCCAGCGCCCUGUACCCGUUGGUUGCUGGAAGGACAGACAGGGGGCGUGCAGCUGACCAUCCCGUGCCCGCAGGCUGAGGAUGCAGCGCUGGAAGGCGGCGGCCUUGGCCUCGGUGCUCUGCAGCUCCGUGCUGUCCAUCUGGAUGUGUCGAGAGGGCCUGCUUCUCAGCCACCGCCUCGGACCCGCGCUGGUCCCCCUGCGCCGCCUGCCUCGAACCCUGGACGCCCGGAUUGCCCGCCUGGCCCAGUACCGUGCACUGCUGCAGGGCGCCCCGGAUGCGAUGGAGCUGCGCGAGCUGACACCCUGGGCUGGGCGGCCCCCAGGUCCGCGCCGUCGGGCGGGGCCCCGGCGGCGGCGCGCGCGUGCGCGGUUGGGGGCGCGGCCGUGCGGGCUGCGCGAGCUGGAGGUGCGCGUGAGCGAGCUGGGCCUGGGCUACGCGUCCGACGAGACGGUGCUGUUCCGCUACUGCGCAGGCGCCUGCGAGGCUGCCGCGCGCGUCUACGACCUCGGGCUGCGAAGACUGCGCCAGCGGCGGCGCCUGCGGCGGGAGCGGGUGCGCGCGCAGCCCUGCUGCCGCCCGACGGCCUACGAGGACGAGGUGUCCUUCCUGGACGCGCACAGCCGCUACCACACGGUGCACGAGCUGUCGGCGCGCGAGUGCGCCUGCGUGUGACCCUACCUCACCCGGCCGGCGCGGCGGCCACUCCCCCCGCCCCGACGGCACCACUGGCCGGCCCCGCGAAAGACUGCGCGUGCGUAGAGCACGCCGGCGCGGCACCGGGACUCUCGCGAUAACUGUACUGAGAUAAAGUGUGGCAACUCGAGCUGGCUGGUGAUUCAUCCUCGGCGAGGGGCUCGCGGAUGGUCCGCGUCGCCGUCUCCGCCGGGAAAGCGGGGACCAGUGGGGGGGGGGGGGGGGGGGGGGGGCCCAGCUGCAGGGUGAUGGGAGGAUGCCGUUUGCUUUGGGGGAAGGGUAGAUGCAAAGUGGGUCCAGUUUAUGGCGGACAAAAAGGAAAAUGGGGUGAAUGGGGCUAUGUUGGCAGGGACCGUCCUUCCUGCCUCCCUACGGGUCCCUCUGCCCGUCCCGAGCGUGUCCCGGUCCGCACCUCUUCGCUGUGUGGGCUUCUGGGGAGGGGGAAGGGGAGCUACGCUCGGAUGAAGAGACCGAGGUCUAGGUGGACCCCGUUUCUCCAGCUUGUUCCCUUCCGCACCUCUCCGCGGUGCGGGCUUCUAGGAUGAAGACACUGAAGUCUAGGUGGGCCCAGUUUCCCCAGAUUGUCCCUGACUGCACCUCUCGCUUCUGGGAUGAAGAGACUGAGGUCUAGGUGGACCCAGUUUCCCCAGCUUGUCCCCGACUGCACCUCUCUGCUGUGUGGACUUCUGGAGAGGGGGAAAGGGAGACACACUAUGGGCUCAGCCCGCAUCCCUCCACCCCCCGCAAAGCUGGAGGGCACAGAUCAGAAACCGCCUCCAGGGAGAAUCACCCAGCCAUGCAGGAACAUCCCUGGCCCCUGGCUCCCGGCGACCCACAGCUACAGGUGGAGACACUCAAGGCGGCUAAUCAGCAGGACUUCCAGGGAGCCCUGAGAGCAGGGCUUGGCGGCCAGGCGGGUGGUCUGUUUGGGAAGCAGUUUCAGGGCUGCCGCUGGCUGGGGUCCCCGCCUACCCCCGCAGUCUUCUGACUCAGGUUUAAGGUGGUGGAUUCCUCCACCCUUUGAGCCGACUCAGCCCGGCCUCCGCAGAGAGGCCGGAGUUCCCAGACGCUGUGGAAGCCCAAGUGACGCUUACUCUGAGCCUCAGUUUCCCCAUCCUAGAUGGCCUGGCUUCAGAGGAGUGUUGUUCAGCCCAGGACACACAGCGAGAAAGCUGACCAUCAGGGGUCUGCCGUCCCCCGAAGCUCCCCUGCCACUGUGUGCAUGUGUGUGUGAGUGUUGUCCACCCUCCGGGGCCUCCUGGACCUCGGCCUUCCUGUCUCCCACCCAGAUCCAGUGUCCCAACCACAGGGCGCGGGCCCUGCCCACCAGGGAAUUGGAACAUAAAUAAACGGAGAAGUCCCCGCAGUUCCCUGGGGCUGCAGUU